AUGCGUCAUACCCCUCCCAUCAUCCAAUUCGGCCAGAUUUUAGGAUCCAUCAUGAAGAUGAAGCACUACCCCACUGUUGUUUUCCUCUCUCACUGGUUAGAACUCAAGAAAAUUCAGUCUGGCCUUUUUACUUUGAACAUCCUACUGUUUCUGCCAUUUGGGUCAAAUCAACUUGGCUUUCUCUGUGUUAUCCAAGAUCCUCAAAUUGGGUUAUCAGCACCAUACCAUAACCUUUUGACAACACUCAUCAAAGGUCUCUGUCCCAAGGGUCAGGUCAAGAAGGCACUGCACUUUCAUGACAAGGUAUUGGCACAAGGAUUUCAGCUCAACCAAGUUAUUACAGGACUUUGA